GCCUUUGCCCUUUUCACAUUGAUUGUCUUUGCUGAUGGAGAAACCAGUAAGUUGUAUUUAAUGUGGAUAGUAGCUGUUCCUUUAUAAAGACCUGCCGACAAAAUUGUUUUUUCUGAUUUGUACUUAUAACAUUCCACUGUCUUUAUGCAGACAGUUCUCCACCAUAACUUCUCUUAAUUUAAUAAAUGUUAUUUAUUUAGCCAGGGUUAUCUCUUCAGCAUAAAAUGCUGCUAUCAAUGAGGGCCCUGAAAAAAAAUUUUAAAAAAAAUCUUGCUUAAGGUAUUAGAUCUGCUAUAAACCAUUCCAUUUGAAAAAUUUAUCUCUAAAAUAAAUAUUCCGGGGAAUUGCCGGGAAUUUAAUACAUUUUUCCUCAACAUUUUGUGAAUAAACCUGGCAAGUUUCAGCGUGGUAUUAUCAAUCCUCAUCUUUUUACAUCAAUUGGUUUUCAGUGUGGUAAACGCACCUGCAAAAAUGCCCUUAAUUUUUGUCGCGCUGCGCUGUUUCUUCAUCACAAUCUUGAAUUUUUAUGAGUAAACCGCUGUUCUUAAUGUUUGUUGUGACACUGACCCGAUUGUAGCGCGGAAAGUGGCAAGAAAAUGCGAAAAUCUGAGUUUGAACUCAUUACGUGACUUACUCUCAAUUGAUAUGGCUUCGUAAACAAUGUUUUAGCCUUAGCAACAUGCUAAUUUGCAUAAUAGGUCAUUUAACUGCAGCCUUAUCUGUCACUGACCUUGCAAGGAUCAUAUAUCUAAGAUGUCUCUAGAAAGCUUUUUACGGCCAUAGAAAUGAUUUAGAAAUAUGAAAAUAAUAGUACUUUAUUCGGGGAAGCAGAAUGUAAGUGAAUUUUGUUAUACAGUGGAACCCCGCUAUACGACCACCCCGUUAAUACGACCACCCCGUUAUUGCGACCACUUUUUUGUGGCCCGAACAAAAGCCCACUCAUUUUCUUAUCUGAAAACCCCGUUAAUCCGACCACCCCGUUAUUACAACCAACGACCACCUUUGGGAGUCCUGGGUCGUUAUUUUCUUUAUAAAAUUACCGCGUUAAUACGAACAGUCAAAAUGCUUGGUGGGGCUGCUGAAUGAAAACAGACACAAUCUGGAAAACAAUAACCCAUUACUAAUAUUUUAUUGAAUGUUCUUAGGCAAAGAUGUUAGUGGUUAGCAUGACAUCCGGUAAAUUGUUGUGUGCAGUAAAAUGGAUGCAUGAAUAAACAAUACAAAAGACCUGAAAGACUUCACUUUGCAGCAUUUCGAGGCUCUCAAAGUUAUUUUGCCUUCUUGUUUCUGCCGCCUUCCACUGUGGCUUUUCUCUUCAAGUCCAUUUCCUUCUCUUUUCUCCCAGAACUUUGAACUUUUUAAUAAUUGUGAAAGUGUUGUAAGCAACAAUAUAGAAAACGGCUCUUCGAGACAAAUCACAAGCCCUUUCCUUUCAUAACAAGGAACUGAAAGAAGUCAGUGUUUUUUCGCAUUACUCGGUUUCGUUUACUGUUACAUUGUUCAGUUGCAUUCAAUUGCGGUUGUAAGGUUGUUAAUUAACUGCAAAAAAGGUUGAUUUAUAACGGAUUAAAGGUAUACAUGUAGUAGAAUGUAGUUUAAAAGCAUUUUGCACCAUAAUUUGACCCUACCCUGUAAAUACGACCACCCCGUUAAUACGACCAAAUUUCCAUGGCCCGAAGGUGGUCGUAUUAACGGGGUUCCACUGUAACUUGCCCUGACUUACUUGAAAAUCAUAACAAAUUAUCGCAUGUCGGGUUGUGAAAAUUGCAACGUUUCUGUCAACAACAUAAAGUAUCGCGUCGGAUUUCAGCCCUGUGAUCAUUAAUACUGUAUUUCCAAAAUAGCGCUCCUAGAUACCAACUUUGGCCUUCGUUUUUCCGGCCUCUACUUAACAAAAAUGCUUCGUUUUUGGAAUUUGAGUUCAGGUUGAGAAUACAUUUCAAAUAAGCAAUUUUACAAGCAUGAUCAUUUUCUGACUUUAUAGCAGCUGUUCUAAUACCUUAAGAAUCAUGGUGCAUGAUGUUGCUGGAGGAAACCUCCCCUGGCAGUUGUGCCUCAUUAAGCCUGCAUACCUUUUGGAAGGCUGACUGCCAUUGGUCAAAGGGCCACUUUACUGUGUGGGCCCUCCUCUAAUAAGUCAAUUUUGAGAGCGUCAAGAGGGCCAGCUUCAAGAAGCAUCAUGUUUUUUAGUAGGGGUAGCUGGUUUGAAUUUUAUCCUCUGGAAUAUUUGAAGGGGUAUUGGAAAACAUGUUGAAAGAAUAAUGGGCUUCUUCUCAGCAUGUAUCAGUGCAUUUCUUGGGAAUGGAAGUCAAGUUACCUUGUCCAGAAACUGGGGUUUAAAUGGGAUAUAUAUUGUGGUUAUAGAAGACUUCCCAUUCAACCUUUUUUUUGUAUUUGCAAAUGGUGCUAAUUGUUCAUUCUAAUUAUAUAUAUAACUCUACAUAUGUGUAGUUGGACUUUAGUGGCCCAUUAAUUGCAUAAAUUUUCGAUACAAUACUUCAUUCUUUCCAUUCCAUUUGGGACAAACUCUGUCAUUGAUAUUUUCUGUUUAGUUUCAGAAUGUAAGGGUGAGAAAAUCAGAAUGAACAAGACAGUCUCUAUUUCAUCACCUGGUUAUCCGGAUGUCACAUCAUCUGGUCUAGAGUGCACUUGGAUGGUAGAAAGCACAAAGGGAAAAUCUGUCCUCGUAAAAAGCAUUAGCCUUAGUUUUGGAUCUGACAUUCAGGAUGAAUGUGAUAAAGGAAUGCUUGAAAUUUUUGAUGGCUGUGACAAAAAACGCUUUUUAGUGGAGAAGAUUUGUAAUCGUAGAGCAGAAUAUGAUCAGAAAGAAGACUUGUGGGUUUCAUCUGGAUCAUGCAUCACCAUCAAGUUUUCAUCAGGAUCAGGAAACAAAUAUAACUUUCGACUGAGUGUUGUUGAAACAGAGGGUAAGAUAAAAUACAAAACAUUGUACACUUGACUGAGAUUUACCUGUAUUUUGGAACAAAAAUUUACUACUAGUUGGUGGGGUGCAUAUAAAUAAAGAAAAAAGCCUCUUAUUGACUUAAUUUAUGUAUUGGCCGUGCCUGGGUGCAUGCUCAAGAGAACUUGAGAAACUUGAGCUGUAGUUGCCCUCAGUUACCUUCUUGUUACUUUUACAUGCCUAGCUAGUUUCAAAGUUUGCUCACCAACUUCUGACAUGCAUCCACCACUCAAUAUUACAUGCUGCAGCAUUUAUCAUUGGUACAAAAUGUAAAUUUGUUAAUUCCAUAGCCUUUGUAGUAUGACAGUGAUUCCAUUGUAGAGUCAUAGACAACCGCACAUGUAGAGUCUCCUUCAGGAAAAAAGCUUAGUGCAAAAAAUAUGGUACAUGUGGAAGUAGAAGCAUGGAGAGAAAAAGGACUACACUGUAAACUAAUAAACCUCAAGCUUUCCCUUCUUCUUUUUUCUUCAUUAAUUUCUCCAAACUGUACAUUACAUUCUUCAGGGAUUUUACCUGUGACCCUCUCUUCUUUUUCUUUCAGAACCUUGUGGAGAUAUUUUACACCACACAAACAAGAAUCAAACUUUUGUAGGAUCUCUAAUGUCUACUCCCAGAGGUCCAAACAAGUGUGUUUGGAUUAUCUCAGUGCCCAGAGGAAAAAUUGAGCUUGUGUUUAAAGACAAAUUUCUAGUGACAAGCCAUGGGAAAAACUGCAAGGAUGAUUUUGUACAAGUUCAAGAUGGGAAAUUUAGGUAAGCUGACGAAACUAACAUUAAAGUGUGAAAAACCAAAGAUAAAUGUAUAGUACAUUGAGAAGAACUGGAUGAGGCUCCCUUCUGAGCCCAGUUCUUAUGUAGGUGACUUGAGUAUCAAAUUUUAAUGUGGAACAGAUUUUGUGUAAACAGAAAAUAUCAGGCAAUCAGCCAAUAUGAAUAUCAAUGCAGAAUAAAUUACGACUGGGAAAAAUAGAAACUAAAAUGUGACUGCACCCGAAGGAGGAGGUUGCCAAGAAUAAGGCUCUGUUUCUAACUCUUGAUCUUAUUUUAAAUUCCCUCCUUAUUUUACAAGAAAUACGUGGCAAUUUGAAAAGAGAAUCUAUUAGAGUAUGACCAUUCUGCUCUGAAUCUACUGGUUCUAUUUAUUGAACGUGUAAGUUAUACAUCAUUUUCUUAAUUAAAUAUGACUACCGUUUUGCCACCUCUAUAACCUUAUAUUACUAUGAAACAUUUCCGGCAUGUUUAGUUGUCCACUGUAAGUUUUUGUUACAUUGUUGGCUUAAUGACCAGCAAUUACCAGCAUACAGAAUUCGUUCAUUAGCGUGGCAUCCAAGGAAAGAGAUGUCUUCUCUCACCUGCAACAUUAAGCCACUUUUUGGACAUCUGAAAACACUAAGUCUUGUUAUUCUUUAGAGUAAACUUCCUUUCUUGACUUUUAUUACCAGUAUCUCACCUUUGCUUGGGACAUUUUGUGGAACUGCAAGGCCAUAUCCAGUGUAUUCAACAGGCCAAUAUCUUCGAGUCACAUUACAAGGAAGUAGUAGUGGCAUGAACUUAAAGCAUUCCUUUACAGCACAAUUUAAUGUAAUAGACAGUAAACCAACACCACGGACAGGUAAGCCAGCAUCCUUUGGACUCCAGUUUUGAGUGAAAAUUACUUUUAAUUUGGCUUUUGUUCAUGUAUAAGAUAAUUCCACUCUCUCAGUGACCUGAAUUCACCCCCCUUCCCCUCCCCCUCACCAGUCUAGAAAUGGACAUGCUGCCAGAUGCCUGGUGAAGUAAGGCAGAAAUGUAUUUCGAGGCUUUAGUUGAAAAACAAUUCCACCAAUAUGAUUAAUUAUCAAAUGUAAAAUCAUUGAUCAACUAAUAAUAUUCCGCUUAAUACAUGGCCACAAGAUCAUGGAAACAUGAGGUAGUAAGCACACCCUCUCUCCAUAUUCAUUUUUAUAGAAAUAUAUAAGUUCUAACCCACAAAAAAGUCACGGCCCUCUUCCCCACGAACCUCCCCUCAACUCCCCCCUUCCUAACUUUACCUGUUAAAUCCGCCCAUUCGAAAAUAAACUUCUUUAUUGGUCCGUAACCAUGUUUGUUUUCUUAAUUUUAGAAGCUUUUUGUAGCGCUGAUGGCAUUGCAUUGAAUCCAAAAGGCGGAUCAUUUCGUACACCCCGCUAUCUGGAUCAAUAUCCUGCCAGUUUACAUUGUACUUGGAUGAUAAAUGCAGACAAAAAUCAUCAGAUUGUUCUUAAAUUUCGGUAAGAGUCGUGUACAGUAUAAUACACAAGCAUCUUCUGUGUUUGAAAUUGUCCUUCAUGUGCAAUUUACUGAUAUGUUCUCAAGGGUUUUCAUCCAAGCGAGAAAGCAUUAUGCAUUCACUCCCUGUGCACUGGCUACCACGCGCUUUCGUUCGUGUUUUGACAAAAAACUUAGUGACUUCUGUGGCAACUAGUUGAUCUGAGUCCUUUUAUUCCCUUUCCGUUUUUUACAGGGACUUUGACGUUGAAGGCGAUUCCCAGGACUGCCCUGAUGAUUCGGAUUUUACUGAAGUAUAUAACGGUAUCGCCAGCUGGUCCAAAAUUAUUGGCCGGUAUUGUGGCAGUGUUAUUCCGCCAGCCAUCACUUCCGACAGCAACAAGCUGCGAAUAGAGUUCCAUUCCAACACUCAGUAUGCUGGGAGAGGCUUUGAUGCAAUGUAUUCACUGAAAGCAAUCGGCGAACGAGGUAUUUAUGUGUGCUAUUAUUAUUAUUAAUUUUUUAUUUUUUUGCACUUUCACUCGGUAGAUUUCGAAAUUUUAGUUUUGCUUUGUUGUUUUAUCGUUUUUGUUUUUGACGGGUAGACUGAUGAUCAACCCUCAACCGAGUUAUGAGCGAGGUAGAAAAAGUUUAGUAUUCUACAAACUGUUUCACGAGGAUUUUACGUUUUUUCAAAACAGGUGUCAAACCCCUUAAUUAAAAGGCUACCUAGAAGCUUUUUGGAUUUCCUAACAAUCAAAGAUGAAAUAGUGUAAUGUUACGCAAGGCUUUUAUCGGUCGGCGUCCGAGUUUGAGUGACGUUUUGUAUAGAUGUCAUUAUUUGGCAGGUUUUCCAACUUGCAUGUAACUAGCUACAUGUGUAGUUGCUGAUAAACAUUUUUUCUUUUCUUUUCACUUUUGGAAUGACAGUAGAUUACCUAGACUUUUAAAACGUUCUUCGUCCGAGUCUAUACAUUAUUGUCAUGGUGCUGUUCUUUCCAAUUUCCGGCCAAGACGAAGGAAAAAAAUCUAUCUGUUUCAAGCUAAAUCUUUUUUUUUAGAGAGUUCACAAAAAGGAUUAUGAAUUAGAAUAGAAGGGGGCACCCGGAUUUGAACCAGGGACCUCUCGAUCUGCAGUCGAAUGCUCUACCACUGAGCUAUACCCCCCUUGGCUUUAUGUUUUGGCAAAUUUUAGAAUAAAGUGGAAAAGAAUGACGUUACCUGUCCUGGGGUGGAGGGGAGGUUCUUGGUUUUUGCAGUUUUUUUUAUGCGCAGGUCAAUAAAUUCUCCAUUUGCGGAUUGGGUUUAUACCUUAAUUUUAAACAUAAUUAUAAAAAUUAUAAUUGUCAUAUUUAUAAAAGUUUUAAUUAUAAUAUUAUUACCUUUUCAUUUGCGUUUGAUGGAAUUUUAUUAAUUUUCCUGUUUUUGUCAGCAAGUUUUAUUUGCUUGAUUUUGUAUUUUCACUGAAACGGGGUAAUAAAAAAGAACAGCAAAUAAAAUCAAAGACAAGAAAAGGAGACGAUGAAUGGAAAAAAAAGAGAUCUUCACAAGGGGGCACCCGGAGUUGAACCAGGGACCUCUCGAUCUGCAGUCGAAUGCUCUACCACUGAGCUAUACCCCCUUGCACUGAUUGAUAAGUGAAUUAAAAUUAUAUGUACGUCGCCCGGAUACCAUUUGAUUUGUUCUUUCACCAUAGAUACGAUAUUCAUUUGAAAAUAUGUUGCUCUUUUUCAGUGUUCUUAGUCAGUGUUUUUUAUUGUUUAUUAUUUGAAAAAUCGAACAGUUUUUGGGAGUCCAUAACAAUAAGCGUUGUUGAUUUGAUCGUUUACAUUCGAGUUUUGCGAUGAAAAGGAAUAUGUGGAACUGAAAGCGAAUGUUUGUUGUUUUUUCGUUAACCUUUGGCCUUGGCUAGGCCCUGUUAAAACUUCGAAUUUUUCCUCCAUGGGACUGUGGAGCGACUUUGUUUCAAACGUCGAACCGAAUACAUAAAUUACUAUACUUUAUUUUGACUGGUAAGCAUUGUAGAUCACUGCACAUCGUAAAAAUGAAUUGAGUGCGACCAAGUAUUUUCGACGUCUGAAUCAUCCGUCGAACUUCUAUCAUUUGGGUCAACCCAAAUAGGUAUUAAGUUCGGUACAUCAAGAGUUCGACAUUUGAACUGGACCUUUUUUGUGUUAUUUAUCACCAACUCGUGGAGAGCGAGACCAUAUACUAGGUUCAUAUUUGUCACUCGUCCUGCAUACUUCUAGGAUCAGCAAUGUCGAUGUCGCACUGUGUGAUGAAAGAAAUGAAAGAUGGUAAAUGUUAAGCUUGGUGAAACAAAUGUGAAAAUGAUCAUAGUAGUAUGCAGGACGCGUUUGAAAUAUGAACCUAGUAUAUGGCCUCUCUCUCCAUUAAUUCUCCCUAGCUCAAGUGGAUAGAGCGCCCGCCCAGUGUUUGGGAGGUCAUAGGUUGCAAUCCUGUCGGGGACUUAGCUUUUUUCUUUGUCCCACGCUCGUGGCAUGCUGAUCAUUUCAUUUUCACAUCUUUUUCACCGAGCUUAAAAUUAACCAUCUUUCAUUUCUUGCAUUAGGUAAAGUAUAAUUAUGCCACCUAGUUCUCAUCUACCGUGUUCUCUGGGGACAUAAAAGGUCGCUCAAGGCAGUAAUGGUGGAAGUGAUCCUUUCCACUUUAGUGCAUUACCACCAAGCAUCCAAGAGGGGAUUUGGUUGCUAGACCUGUAUUAUUCCAGGUGGCUUAUAUGGUCACCAUUGUUCUCAUUACCUUAAGGUGAUUCCCUAGUUUUGCACUGCGCAUCUCUUACUGCGCAUAACAAGAUGGCCACCGUAAAAAAGAGCAUGUGAAGUAAUAUUAUUAAAAUGAAGUUGACUGAAGAGAAACGCUGUUGGAAUUUUUGCUUGCUGUUGUUUCUUGCCGAGGUGAGACUCAAUGUGUUGCGAAUGUGCAUAACGUAAGCAGUACGCGUGUUGCUGAGUUCGACCUCCUCUCGGAGAACCGCGAUAGUGGUUGUUUAACUUGUGCUUACUCACUUUGAUUUUCAUUUAAACACUUUCUUUAUCACAUUGUGUCCUAAAUGUGAUAUCUCGAUGUAAAUUCUGUAAAAACGGACUUUUUAAUACUUUCUUCCCCUUUUCACAUACAUUCUAUUUUGAAACUCGCCUUAGUCCUCUCUCAAAAAUCGGAGAAAAUGCGUUUGGUGCGCACUUUCUGCAGCUCUACCGCAAAAACGAGUACGGUGACCCCCAUUUUUUAUUUCAUGAUUUUAAUAAGGACAGUGCUUCCUUUCGAUGAGAAAAAAAUUGGCACAAAUCUAUGUUCAGUUUUUUGGCAAUUUUACUAAAUUGUACGGAUUGAGCCAUCACGGGUCGAAAAGCGCGCGUCCAAUUUAAUUCUACUUUGGAGCGUNAGUUUGUAUAUAGUUCAGGUAUAGUAGUUUGUAUAUAGUUCAGGUAUAGCCAUUUGUAUAUAGUACAGGUAUAACCGUUUUUUUAUAGUUCAGGUAUAGCCAUUUGUAUAAAUGGUUAACAAUUAUUCCUUGAGCCCGAAUGGGCUCUGAGUCAAUAGCCCAUGAGGCCGAAGGCCGAAUGGGCUAUUGACUCAGAGCCCAUAAGGGCGAGAGGAAUAAUUGUUUUAGUAAAAUCCAACCAGUUGGUCAAAAAUAUCGCGAAUAAAAAAAUUUUAGCUAGUUAAAGCUAGACUUUAAUCCUUUUUUGCCGCCAAAAAGCGUGCGCUUUUCGCUACUAUGGGGUAUAUCAUAUAGCCUAGUAGUAGCUCAACCAAUCAGAAUGCAGCAUUGAUAAUAGACCACUAGCUGGAUUUUACUAAUACAGGUAUAGCCGUUUGUAUAUAGUUCAGGUAUAGCCAUUUGUAUAUAACUCGGGCUCCCGCCCUCCCCCACGAGUUAACCGUGUUGAUAAACAAACGGAACAGAUCAACAAAAUAAUACUGCCCGCUAUGACUAUUUCAGGUGAAAGGGGAAUGAGGCCUAUUUCUACCUGACCCAUUUUUUCUUACCUUUCUUAGUCAUGGCCUCUCCGGAUCUUUUCCCUUCAAAUGCACGCCAGCAGUCACGUGUUUACGCUGGAGUGCCGCAUCUACAUCGUGAAAUAAGCCACUUACUAGGGGACCAUGAGUCGGACGACGAAGACCUUCCACCUUACCCUGGACUUCCUAAUAGAGAUGGGGUUGUAGAAUUUUGCUUUGGUGAACCGUCAAGGAGGAACUCUAAGGAACGUCACGUGUCAGAAUCGGAGCAACCCACGUGCCAGGUCUCCGCUGUCUGGUAUCGUCGCGGGCCGACAAAUGCCUUGUCGUCGCCAAAUGUUCGGGAACUGGAGGCAGCUUCGGAAAAUCAAGCAACGACUUUCACUCUGGAGCGACAAACCCUGAAAGAAUCUUCAAGGCCUAAUGUGCAGAGACAGGACACCACCAGUAGUUUUGUGACAGACGUGUAA